AUGACUUUCUGGGAUGAAGAUCGCUGCCCAUAUGGUCGAGUUACACCUGACUAUGGCCAAGGUCUAGGCAGUGCUAAAGUCCCCAGUCACCUUCCAUUUCCGUCAUCUAAUAAUUUUCAGCCAGUGAAACGUCAUGCUGGUAAACCUCACAUUGACCGACGCUCUUCCGUUGACCUCUUUUCAGAUAUCAGAGUUGUUCAGCCAAAUCAAGUGAUUUUCAGAAUGCUGGCAAAAAUGACUGCAACAAGUAGUGAUACAAACGAAGCUUUGCUUUUCACCAAACCACCAAUACAAUUGGUCCCUGGACGCAUUCUGGCGAGCUCUCAAAGUGGAGGAAUUUUAGACAAGGUUAUUGCUGUGUCGUCUAUUGGUACUUACCAAAUUAUCAAGACUAUUUCUGCAUCAUUGGAAGACAUCAUCAAGUAUGCUGACUUCACUGAACAAGUACAACUAAGAAGUCUCAUUCAUAAAUCAGCCAUAGAGCAUCUUCCUGAACCGGAUGCUUUACAGAACAUCAUUAGUGCCAACACUCCUUCUCUUGAAGGCGCACCAGUUACAUAUGUUGUUCCAAGAAAUGUUGCAAUUUAUAAGUGUGUUGGAGACUAUAGCAGUGGAACAUACAUGAUUGUGCUACCCAAACAAUCGGCUGCUACUCUUGCACUUGACAACGGUGAAGGGAUUGUAAGCAUACAGAGCUCAGGAUUUAUAGAAAUUGUGCAGUCUGUAACCUCGUCUGGUGGUCACACAUUUGUUCACACAACUCUAGCUGAUUGCACUCAAUCAAGAGCUCCUGUACAAGUCAAGUCUGACAUCACGACAACCUCUUCCAUAUCUGUUACUCCAUCAAUAACUGGACUGGGUGGUGAUGGAACGUUGGGUUUGUUGAUCUACAAAGACUAUUUACCUUCUAGUUUAGACAUCUCUGUCGGUGAUGCUGUGGUUGGCCGUCCAAGUGGUCCAUUAGCUGGUUAUGUUAAGAGCUACUUUGACUCUGCAGACGGUACUCUGACAUACAUUGAACUGGAUCCAACAAGUGGUAUCGGAAGACCUGCAUGUCGACCAGAUGAGGAUCUUGGUGUUGUCGUUGGUGGUGGUGGAGAGUUGGGACCUGUUGUGAUAGGAGAAGGUGCCACUGAUACGGACCGUCUUGACAUCAGUCCAAUUGAUGAAUAUAGCACUGAUCAAGAAGAGCAAAUUGCAAAGACUUGGUGCAACAAGACGGUUAGAACUCCCUUCUUUCUCCAUCAGAUCAUUCAAUCACAAAUUUCUUCUGUAGGUAAAUUAACAGCUAAAUUACAAGUUUCAUUCUCACCUACAGUCACGAUGACUCUGAGAAGCAGUCACACUAGUCCGUUUGUGUCCAAAAUUGGCUUUGACUUUAGAGGCGGAGCAGUGAUGGGCACCAAGACCAAAGUCAACGUCGACUCAACUGAGUAUAACAUUUCUGGUACUGUUGAAGGACCAUCAGGAGUAGAGGCCUUGUCUGUUGGUCAACAGUUGUCAUCAUUCUGUGUAGACAUCGGUCUAAUUUGUAUACCCGGUCGUCUUCUGUUUUCUGCCAACUUCUCAUAUUCUAUUGCUUACACACUGGCUAGCUCUGCUCAGUUUGCCUUCACUCAUGAAUACGAAUCAACAGGAACAUUGAAUUUUGGCAUACAGUGGCGUACAAACAUUGGGUUUGAGUACAACAAGAAGGUUGAAAUGAAGGCUCAUCAGACACUGCCUACAGGAACAUUCACGUCCACCAGCCAGACUAGAGGUCAAUCUGCGUCUUUGACAACGACAUUUUUGCCUUCAUUUGGGAUAGAAUGGCCUGCUCCCUAUAAACUAUCUGACUAUAUUGAAACGAUUAUUCCUGUUUUCAUCAAUAGCCGAUUAACAACGAGCUCCGUUACCUCAUCUGCGUUUUCUUCAUUCAGCGCAGACUUCCGACCACAACUAGUGGGUCAGUGGAAAGCAACCGAAUGCGAGGACGGCUGUCAUUUUAAUCAAAAACUGGGCGUAGAUAUUCUGGCAGGGAUCGAAGAGGUGGGUGCAUUGAGCACUCUAGACUUCCGCUAUCUGAAGUCUUCUAAGUAUCUUCAACCAUGGAAGUCAGCAGAGCUCGUAGACAUCGUUACGGGCUUGUGUCUGCAACAGGCGUCACCUUGUGCUUGCAAUUGCCCUGGGAAUGCCCCUUGUCACAGCUUUGGCAACAUCAACUUGUGUCAAGCUUGCGCAUGUGCCGGUAACCCAUCUUGCUCAUGUGUCCAACCUUGUCCUCCCGGUACAAUAGAAGACAAGGAUAUAACGGGGACGAUUCGUUGUAAAUGUCGCUGUUCGGAUUUUGGUUUGGCUGAUUUAAACGCAAACGGUACUUGUGAGUGUGGAUGCAUCUGCAAUGACGGCAGCGUCAGUGUAAUUGGACCGGAUGGGCACUGUGAUUGCUCUUGUAAGUGCAACAACUGUGAAGAUGCUACUCUGGGACCGAGCGGAUGCAGCUGUCCCAAUGACAGAUGCCCGGCUUGUGCAGAAGGUUUGGAACCAGUUUGGCAAGAUUGUGUGUGUAGUUGUCAGUCAAAGCAAGGACGAGGAGGAUUACCACCCGUUUGUGCUGAUGGCUGGAAGGGACCAUUUUGCGAUGUACCUGACUGCAGUCCCUGGCCAUUUUGCUCUGAUAACGGCAUUUGUACAAUUCCAUUUGGAAACAGCGCAGACGGGCACCCGUAUUGUGUUUGUGAUGACCAGUGGAUAGGAUCUGGAUGUCACAUAGCCCGCCCUCGACCAGGUGGUGGAGAUCCUCAUUUACAAACACUAGACGGUAUUAGUUAUGACUUCUUUGAUAUUGGAGAGUUUUGGUAUUGCAAGAGCAAACGUAACGACUUUGGCAUGUCAACACGAUUCUUUAAGUAUCAACAUGCCUCUCUCAUUGGAGCUGUGGCUGUGAAAGCAGGUUUUAGUGUAGUCACUAUUACAACUCCUACUCAAGCAAGUUCUACUGAUCUACCUUUUCUUAGAAUCAAUGGCGUCUUGGUUGUUUUGACUAAUGGCUUGAUGUUGGAUUUGGAUAAUGAGCAAGUGCACGUUGAAGCUGUUCUGUUCAGUAAUGGCAGCAUGGAAAGCAGCAAUGACAAUAGUGGCAGCAGUGUAGCUCUGAUUGCAUUUCAGUAUGCCAGUGGUGUCUCUGUGACCAUCGACGUGCGUUACAGUUUUGGCAUGCAGCGUCAAUUCAUCAACAUACUAUUCUCACCAACUGCCUCAUUCAAACGCUCAACUGAAGGUUUGUGUGGAUAUAUGGACGGAGAUAUGAGCAAUGAUCUGGCUUAUUUCGAUAAGAGGCGAAUUGAUAGGACAUUUAGUGGAUCUGGUUUAAAUGGCACGUGGUCAUGGAAUCACUCCAACUUCCACAAGGAUGACAAAUUGGACAUUACGUACACUGAUCCCAACUUUGUUCCUGUUUAUAGUGUCAACGAUUUGGAUUCUGAUCUUGUCAAGAUGGCACGAUCUGUGUGCUCUCAACUUGGACUGAGUGGAGUGAGGCUUGACGAGUGCGUGUUUGACGUUGCAGUGACUAAUGAUACAUCACUGGCAGAGCAAGAAACAUUCCAGAUUGGAUGUCCAACUCAAUGUUCUGGCAGAGGUCGCUGUGUCAAUGGUUCUUGUGUGUGUCUGCCUGGUUGGUAUGGAGAUGACUGUAGUACAGGAUCAUGUGCCAACUGUAGUAGAAAUGGUGAGUGUGUGUCUGGCUUCUGUCAAUGUCAUUUUGGUUGGGACGGACCUCACUGUGAUAUUCCAGCAACUUGCUAUGGAGUUGAAAACUGCACGAGUCUUUUACAUGGUCUGUGCAAGGCCAAAGAUGUGUGUGAGUGCACACCAGGAUUCACAGGGAUCACGUGCAACGAGAGAGCUGUGUGUCUUAAUGUGAAUGAAUGUUCUGAUCAUGGAGUGUGUGUUGAUCAUGACAAGUGCAAGUGUGAUGUUGGAUGGGCAGGAAGCAACUGCAGCGUCUUCUCGUGUGAAGUGAACGGAUACUGCAGCGGUCAUGGUUCAUGUGUUGGUUUUGAUGUCUGUCUCUGUGACGUCGGUUGGGGUGGUAGAAGUUGUGCUCUUCCUCUUUGCACUAGUUUAAACGAUUGUUCUGGAAACGGAGACUGUACAUCUCCUGGAGUUUGUAGUUGCUAUAAUGGUUAUACACGAGACGACUGUUCUGUUCCUGACCGCUGUCCUCGACUCAAUGAUUGUUCUUCUAACGGUUUGUGUGUCUCACAGAACGGAGUGGAUGUGUGUAGAUGUUUUCCAGGUUAUAAAGGACGAAACUGCAGCGAGUCGUCAUGCGCAGGCAGAAAUGAUUGUUCUGGUCACGGCAAGUGUAUCGAAGUGGAUCUGUGUCAGUGUGAUUAUGGAUAUAUGGGAGCUGAUUGCAGCAGUUAUUCGUGCGAGCAACAUCGAUUCUGUUCGGGUCGUGGUCGUUGUUUGUCACUGGACAAAUGUACGUGUGACAGCAAGUGGAGCGGUGCAGCGUGUGACGUGCCUGACUGUUCGGGAGUUAGAAACUGUUCCAGUUUGACUCAGGGAACUUGCAUCGGCCCAGAUACGUGUCUGUGUGCAGUUCAAUAUGAUGGCAGCGAUUGUAGCAUUUUGGCUGGGCCAAACAUCAACCCACCGGUAUUCGGUAAUCAUUCUGUCGUCACUGUACCAGUGGCUAGUGAUUCUCUAGUGGGAACUCCCGUCUUAACACGUUCAGCUACAGACAAAGACUCGGGAAAGAACGGUCGUCUUACUUACACAAUCAUCAGCUCCAACAAUGAUCAUUCCUACUUCAAAGUUGACCGCAACACGGGACAAGUCAAAACAGCCAAGUCGGUCAGUGACCGGCAAGGAACAUUACUCGUUUUUACGUUGACUGCAACGGAUAACGGCGUACCUUCUCUUUUGGCGUCAAUCAAAAUUCGAAUUUCUGUGAUUCCACCCAACCAAUAUUGUCCGACAUUUAGUGAAUUUCCUAAUACGGUUAUUGUGUCUGAAUUGGCUUUGCCUGGUACUUCUGUUGUGAAUUUGACAGCAACUGACUUGGACGGUAGCGACACUUUCAACGGCAAUGUGUUAUUUUCACUCAUUGGGAAUAAAGAUUUCUCAAUCGAUUCUCAGUCUGGUGAGAUAACAACUGAGCGGUUACUGACGGCUGAAGCGUACAGUUUGACUGUCGUUGCUUCUGAUCAAGGAAGUCCACAAUGCAACAAUAAAGCCAUCAUUAACGUUCGCGUCCAUUCUACUAACACGGCUCCUGUUUGUAAUCCUUCAAGUGUGGCUACUUCGUUGCCUUAUGAUGUUUCUGUGGGUACAAUUGUAUUCAAACUGCUGGCUGUCGACCCUGACAAUGGAAGUGAUGGACAACUUAGCUCCUACAUUUCCAAUUUUAGAUCAACAUUCCUCAAUAAUGUGUCUCCUUUCAGACUCAUUGAGAGAAAUGGCGAGGCCUAUGUAGCAGUUACGUCGUCUCUCGCUCAGCCUUCUGGAAGUGGCUCAGUCUAUUAUGAUGCUUUUUUUCAAGUAAACGUACGGGACUCGGGAACACGGCCCAAGUCAUGCAGCUACUCUGCAGCCGUCGUCGUCACGCAGAGGUUUCAAUUUAGACAUUUAAUGGUAUCUUCUGCGCUUCACGAGAAUGUACGUAAAGGAACCGUUGUUUUAACGAAUCCAUCUCUGCAGCUAGUGACGAACGUCAGUAAUGUGAAAUAUGAAUUGUUCAACGCUUAUCAUCUUCCCAUUGACAUCAAUCCUACAACCGGAAUAUUAACGGUUUCGAAGUCACUCAACUACGAAGAAGUUAAAGACUACGACGUGAGCGUUGUUGCUAGGACUGACCAGAUACCGGGAGCAUUUGCUGUCGCUUCUUUAUCCAUAAACGUUCAAGAUGUGAACGACAAUCCACCUCGAUUUUCCUUUUCUCGCUACACUGUCUAUGUCCGAGAAGACGCAGCGGGAGGGAGGAGACUUUUAUCUCUCACAGCUACAGACGUAGACUCCGUUGGAGGUCCUGUUUCAUACUCUGUGUCUUCACAAACUCCACUAAACGCCAGUAGUGUGUUUGUUGUCAGUCAAUCGAAUGGAGGUGUUGAUUUGACAUUAGCGAGAGGAGAAUUGCUGAACUACCAAACGACUCCGUUUUAUGAAAUCGUUAUUAAAGCUUUUGAUAGCGCAGAUGCACGUUUGUUUAGUGAAACGUCAAUUCGUGUUGUGGUGGAGGCGGUCGUCUUCUCUCAUCCCUUCUUUAUGGACCGAUUAUACCGUGCGGAAAUAUCAGAAAAUUUACCAAAUGGCAGUUUGGUACUAAGCGUGGAAGCUCUCGUUAAUGACAAGUCGAGUGGCGCGGUAUCAUACAGACUGACCGAUCAACGGUCACCACCGACAAUGAAACGUGUCGAGGCAUUCGGCAUCACCGACAAUGGCCACAUUCAAGUAUCCGACUCAUCUCUGCUCGACUACGAGAACGUGAAAGAAAUUCAUCUUACCGUGAUUGCAUCUCUAGCGGGGACGCGCUUGCUCACGGCCGAGACCGCCGUCAUCGUCUCACUCAAUGACACCAAUGACAAUCGUCCACAAUUUACGAAUGAGACAUUUACCGGCACGAUCUCUAUUGAUGAUCCCGUUGGCACGACCAUCGUCAUAGUGACGGCAACCGAUGCAGAUUCUGGCUCCAAUUCUAUGGUCACAUAUGAUUUGGCAGUGGCAGACGCUGAUCAACCUCUAAAUGUGACUUCAUCUGGUGUCGUCAUUCUUAGUCGGUCUCUCGAUCACAGCACAUCCGACCUAUACCUAUUCACAGUGGUAGCUUAUGAUGGCGGUCAGCCGUCUCUAUCCGGCACCGCUUCUGUUCAAGUUACCGUUCAAUGUUCCUCCUCCGGUCGGUGUGGAUCCGUACAAUCACCAAAUUCAGUGUCAGGUGCACCGUCGGCAAUUGUUAUUGGAUGUUCUGUCGGUGGUGUGGUGCUCAUCAUCGCUCUUCUCAUCCUCGUUUUUGUCCUACGGGCUCGGACAACAAACAAAGGAAACAAGGAGAACAAAGAGAUUGUACCCGACGAGAAGGAUUCGUCUGGCUACAAUCGAGAGACUGCCAUCGGUUUUUCGAAUCCGGUCUACAGUCCGAGUGUCGAAAAUCCGGACGACGCGUACGAGAGUUUGGACGACACGCGGACGCAGUCGGCUCCGACUGUAAUAACACGACAGUGUAACAGAGUUGCCGGAAGCGAGCGCAAACGGGUACGAGAUGGUCCGCUACGUAAGUCGGUACCGACGAAGGAAGCUGAUAUGUGUGAGGAUACGGAUGCGGAUAGAGCGGACGGUAGUGUCGACACUCACCUCUGAUGUCUGCCGUAUUUCGUGACUGACGAUGCUGUUUAGAAGAAAGGAAAAGUAGUGAAGAGAAAUGAUGUUACUGUAAAUGUCGAUGUCUGUCGUUUCCGUCACAAAACUUGAUGUGAUGAUUGCUCAAGCCGCAUGCUAGCUAGAGUAUCAUUUGUAGGGUUGGAAGGAAAAUAGUAUUUUGUUUUUUCAAAUUGUUGAAUUUCAAUUUUACUGUUUUCAUGUCA